UGCAUUGUAGCAGUGUACUCAGUUACUCAUGAGCCUAAACUCCCCUUUGGAGGAGCUCCUCUGACUGCAGAUGAUGUUGCCCAGCGAAUGCAGUGGUUGAUUGAUUGUGCUCUGUAGGGACUCUGUUACUCUGUCACAGACUCUAAACUGCCUUCCUGAUCCAGUCUCAAAAAGUCCCUUUGUUGUUCAGCACACCACUGCACAGCACAGAAGAGGACACUUGCCACAACAGACUGGUUGAACAUCUGUAGCAUCUGUUUGAAGGACGCCAGUCUUAGGAAGUAAAGGCGCUUCUGUCCUUGUCUGCAGUGACCGUGACCAGAUCACACCCCUUGAACUUGGGCUCAUCUAUUCCACUGUGUUGUUUUUUUUUGCUGACUUAUGUGUGUCAGGAUGCGGCAGAGAGCGGACCCACAUCCACAGUGCCAGGACACGAGGAUGUUUUCUCUAAACAGUGGACGUCUCCUCAUGUCCCUCAGUGCCUUGGUUCUUCUCUGCUCCGUGAUCCUCGUUCUACUGACGGACUCUAGUUCAGCUCAGCCUCUGGAGGCUGCAUCAUCUCACACUGUGACGGCUUUAGCUGGUGAAGACGUGGUUUUGCCGUGUCACCUGGAACCAGCUGCAGAUGUGGUUUCUCAGAGUCUGGAGUGGGGAAGACUGGACCUGAAUCCAAGAUUCAUCCACGUGUGGCACGAAGGUCAGGACCUCCUGCUCAACCAGAACCCGUCCUACCGAGGCCGGACCUCCCUGUCCACAGAGAAGCUGAAGCACGGAGACCUGUCGCUGACGCUGUCUGCUCUCACACACUCCGACAACGGCAGAUACAGAUGUUACUUCCCCUCCACGGCCAAAACCGCUGAAGUGGAGCUGCUGGUUGGUUCCGUCUCUUCACCCGUCAUCGCCGCCGUCACCGUAACCAGUGACGUGGUGGUGCUGGAGUGUAGGAGUGGAGGCUGGUUCCCAGAGCCUGAGCUGCUGUGGCUGGACGCUGAGGGAAAGCUCCUCUCUGCUGGACCUACAGAGACAGUCAGAGGUUCUGAUGACCUCUAUACUGUCAGCAGCAGAGUGACUGUGGACAAGAGACACAGCAGCAGAUACACAUGCAGAGUCCAGCAGACCUCCAUCAACCACACCUCAGAGGCUCACAUUGAAGUUACAGAUGAUUUCUUCCCUAAAACACGUUCAUUUGCUCCAACCAUCGUUGUUGUUGUUGUUGUUGUUGUCAUUGUUGUUGUACUUGUGCUUGUGGCUGUUGGAUGGAAGUGGAGACACAAUAAGUCCAAUAAGAAGCCAAACCGUGAUGAAGAAGCACAGAGAAGCCAAGAGACAAAACACACUUCUAUCGGUUCAGAACAAGCAUGUUUGUUAGAAAAUGAAAGAAGCAACAGUGAAAAUUAUACAACUAAUGGACAAGAGGCAAACGUACAAACAUCAUAUGAUCCCAACAACGGACACAACAGAGGAAUGAAUGAAGCUGAUGAAAACGCACAAGAUGACGUCACAUCAGGAGAAGGAACAGUGAAAAGGAGAGAGACUCCUGAUACAGAACAUGAAGAGGACACAAACACAACAUCUGGUCCAGUGGAGGCUUCAGCUGAUGACAACAAAUCCAGUGUCAACAACAGAGACACACACGGUUCAGGAGAUGCUGGAACUAAUCAGAACCCAAUUAAUCAAAGUGAUAGUUUGAAGAAUCAACAUGAAUAUGAGAAAAACAAGCCAGGAAAUCAGCCUCCUGCUGAGGACGAAUCAAAGCCUACCAACAACAAAGACAACACAAAUUCAGUAUCUGCAACAACAGAAUCCUCCUGUAAAGAUGAAGGAGAAACAGAAGAUCAACCAGGGAAGAAAGAAAACAGUGGUGAUGGAAAAGAGCAAAGAGAUCAAACAUCACACCCGAAGGGCGAGAACGGACAAAACCUGAAGGUUGAUGAAGAAGAAAAUGGUCACAACACGUCAGAGAAAGAAAACAACCAAACAGCAGAUGUCGAUCAAGCUGAUAACAACAGAAGAACAGAGGACGUUGAACCAGACGGAGAAAACAGCAAACAGACAGUAGAUGUGAGUGCGACUGCAGAACAUGGAGAGGAGAAGAAUGAUGGGAAGGACACAACAUCUGGUUCAGGAGGUGCUGGAACUGAUCAGAACCAAACUAACCAAGGUGAUAGUUUGGAGAGUCAAGAUAAAAAUGAGAAAAACGAACUAGAGAUGAAGAAGGAAAAUGAAAAAAAUGGUCACGAGGAAGAUAAAAAACAAAAAACAUCUGUAGACAACAAACCAGCAGCUAAGAAUGAAGCUGAUGGACACAAACAACAAGAUGAUGUCACAUCAGGAAAAGGAACAAUGAAAGAGACUCAGACUCCUGAUACAGAACAUGAAGAGGACACAAACACAACAUCUGGUCCAGUGGAGGCUUCAGCUGAUGACAACAAAUCCAGUGUCAACAACAGAGACACACACGGUUCAGGAGAUGCUGGAACUAAUCAGAACCCAAUUAAUCAAAGUGAUAGUUUGAAGAAUCAACAUGAAUAUGAGAAAAACAAGCCAGGAAAUCAGACUCCUGCUGAGGAUGAAUCAAAGCCUCCCAUCAACAAAGACAACACAAAUUCAGUAUCUGCAACAACAGAAUCCUCCUGUAAAGAUGAAGGAGAAACAGAAGAUCAAACAGGGAAGAAAGAAAACAGAGGUGAUGGAAAAGAGCAAAGAGAUCAAACAUCACACCCGAAGGGCGAGAACGGACAAAACCUGAAGGUUGAUGAAGAAGAAAAUGGUCACAACACGUCAGAGAAAGAAAACAACCAAACAGCAGAUGUCGAUCAAGCUGAUAACAACAGAAGAACAGAGGACGUUGAACCAGACGGAGAAAACAGCAAACAGACAGUAGAUGUGAGUACGACUGAUGCAGAACAUGGAGACGAGACGAAUGAUGGGGAGGACACAACAUCUGGUUCAGGAGGUGCUGGAACUGAUCAGAACCAAACUAACCAAGGUGAUAGUUUGGAGAGUCAAGAUAAAAAUGAGAAAAACGAACUAGAGAUGAAGAAGGAAAAUGAAAAAAAUGAUCACGAGGAAGAUAAAAAACAAAAAACAUCUGUAGACAACAAACCAGCAGCUAAGAAUGAAGCUGAUGGACACAAACAACAAGAUGACGUCACAUCAGGAGAAGAAACAUUGAAAGAGACUCUGAGUGCUGAUACAGAACAUGAAAAGGGGACAAACACAACAUCUGGUCCAGUGGAGGCUUCAGCUGAUGACAACAAAUCCAGUGUCAACAACACAGACACACACGGUUCAGGAGGUGAAAGAACAGAAUCUACAUGUGGAGAGAAAGAAGAAACACAAGAAGAUCAUUCAGAGAAGAAAGACAGCAGAGAUGGAGAGAAGGAAUCUGAGAACACACAAAAACAGGAAGUUGGAGGAAAUGCAACAAAUAGUCUCAAUGGGACAGAGAAAGAAAAAGAACAAGAACAUCCCAUAAACAACCAAACAGCAGAUGUCAAUCAAGCUGAUAACAACAGAAGAACAGAGGACGUUGAACCAGACGGAGAGAACAGCAAACAGACAGUAGAUGUGAGUACGACUGAUGCAAAACAUGGAGACGAGACGAAUGAUGGGGAGGACACAACAUCUGGUUCAGGAGGUGCUGGAACUGAUCAGAACCAAACUAAUCAAGGUGAUAGUUUGGAGAGUCAAGAUAAAAAUGAGAAAAACGAACUAGAGAUGAAGAAGGAAAAUGAAAGAAAUGGUCACGAGGAAGAUAAAAAACAAAAAACAUCUGUAGACAACAAACCAGCAGCUAAGAAUGAAGCUGGUGGAGACAAACAACAAGAUGACGUCACAUCAGGAGAAGAAACAGUAAUAAGGAGAGAGACUCCUGAUACAGAACAUGAAGAGGACACAAACACAACAUCUGGUCUAGUGGAGGCUUCAGCUGAUGACAACAAAUGCAGUGUCAACAACACAGACACACACGGUUCAGGAGGUGAAGGAACAGAAUCUACAUGUGGAGAGAAAGAAGAAACACAAGAAGAUAAUUCAGAGAAGAAAGACAGCAGAGAUGGAGAGAAGGAAGCAGACAUGUUCAUGAAAAUGCAAAUUAAUUUAUAACUUUUAUUGAAAUGCAUUUUUUCUGGAUUUUUUGUUAUUGUUGUGUCUCUCACUGUUCAUUGUACCAUUGAAAUUAUGGACUGAUCAUUUCUUUGUAAGUGGGUAAACUUAAAAAAUCAACUGGGGUUCAAGUGCUUUUUCUCUCUGGAUAUUAAAAAAAAGAGAAUUGUGCAUAAGAUGGGAUCUAGGGAUCCCACCAAUGAAGCAUUCAUACGAUUUAAAUUGUUAAAAUUCUUUGAUCUAGUGGAAUAAGUGUGCUGUGUUUGAAGUUAUUACCUGAUGGAAUUCAAAAACGAUUUAAAGAAAGAGAUGGGUGAUAUAUAAAUUUUAAAAUUCAUGCUAUACUGUACACAAAACCAAAAAAAAUAUUUUGUCUUUCUACAAAAUUUGUACUGGAGUAAAACUAUGGAUAAAUUAAGCAAAGACAUAAAAAAUAGUAAUAGAAUUGAUGUAUUUAAAUAUAAAGGCAGGUGUCAAUCAAGAUACAGGCAGGGACAAGCUACAGUAUGAUUAAUUAGAUAGAACAUUGUUGGUGCAUGAAUGAAUGUAUGAAUAUUAACAUUCUGUAAUAUUUUUUUUACUGUAAUACUUUAUGUGAUGUAAGAAAUAAUACAUGUAUAACUAUUAAUUACAAAUAGUUGAAAUGUGAGGUCAUGGGUUAGGACUAGAUAAGUCUAAUGUCUUCAUAAUCCAUUCAAGCAUGUACUAGGUC